UUUGAGGAUGGUGUAGAUGGAUGUAACAGUUGGGAGUAUAGCUUCCUGUUGAAGCGGGUCUUUGAUACAGGAACAAGAAGUUUAGACACGUGUCUAUAAUGAUGAAUCACAAGAUAAUCAACGAUCAAAUCUUCAUAUCUGGGUUCUGUCAUUGCCUUUUCGUCUUGCUGUUUGCUCUUUUCCUUUCCUCUGACCAAGCAUACCAUCAAUUGAUGAUAAUCCCCUCCAAGUCAAAUCAACCAUGUCUUCCUGCCCUUUUUCUACACAAAAGUCCGCUUAUUUACUCUAUACAUAUUCACUCAUCAUCCGACUCUUUGAACAGCCAAGAAGGGUUUGUAUAUAAAAACUCACAUAUCCGAUAGAGUGAUAUAAUUCACAAACGAAUCUUAGAAGAAGAGUCAUGGA